AGGAGGAGGAAAUUCGAGGUUCGACUUAAGGUUUCCCUACUGCUUUCAAGUUUGGGGAAACGAGAGUGACCUGAGGAAGCAAAAAAAAAAAAAAAAGUACCAAAAAAGGCCGUUUGGAAGGCGGGACGUGGGGAUGCGAGGUCGGGUUCAGCAGAAGCAAGGCAAGGAAUGAGUCAUUUCGGGGAAAGAGGCGUGUCCAGUGUGAAAGAGGAUGAAAAGGAAGCAGGUGUAAUACAACUUCUAAAGCAGACAAGUAAAGAGAAAUAGUUGGAGAAAAAUGGCAAGUUCUGAUCCUGUUAGCCACCUAUCCUAUUUUUUUGGCAACAUCACACGUGAAGAAGCUGAAGAUUAUUUGCUGCAAGGAGGAUUAAACAAUGGACUGUAUUUACUGCGACAGAGCCGAAACUAUCUGGGUGGUUUUGCGUUGUCUCUGGCACACAAUGGAAAGGUUUAUCAUUAUACCAUUGAGAGGGAAAUUAAUGGUACUUAUGCUAUUACUGGAGGGAAAUCCCACCGGAGUCCUCUAGAACUUAUUGACUACCACUCAGAUGAAGUCGAUGGUCUCGUGUGUUUACUCAGGAAACCAUGUAAUCGACCACCAGGAGUGGAACCAAAAACAAGUCAAUUUGAGGACUUAAAGGAAAAUCUAAUCAAAGAAUAUGUUAAACAAACCUGGAAUUUAUAUGGACAUGCCCUUGAGCAAGCAAUUAUUAGUCAAAAACCACAACUGGAGAAACUGAUUGCUACAACUGCACACUUGAAAAUGCCCUGGUUUCAUGGGAUGAUAUCUCGGGAGGAUUCAGAGCGACGCCUACUUCUGGGUACAAAGACUAAUGGGAAAUUUUUGAUUAGAGAAAGAGAUAACAGUGGAUCCUAUGCUCUUUGUUUACUCAAUGAAGGCAAGGUAGCACAUUAUCGCAUUGAUAAAGACAAGAAAGGAAAACUUUCAAUACCAGCUGGAAAGAAAUUUGAUACUUUAUGUCAGCUAGUGGAACAUUAUUCCUACAAAGCAGAUGGACUUCUAAGAAUAAUCACAGAGCCAGUUAAAGAUCCAGAUUUUCACUUAAGAAAUAAUACAUUACCCCCAAAAGUUUCUAAGCCUCGCAAUUCUACGACUUGGUCAACAGGUGGAAUUAUCACCAGAAUCAAAUCAUACACUUUCCCAAAGCCAGGAAGCCAAAAGUCCUCUUUGUCUGUUCGGGGCCAGAGAGAUGAUUCUGCACUACUCGCAAUGUUUAACAAUUAUGCGCCCUCGUGGGCAAAACGAGAUGAACAAAGGGAGCCUUUGCCUAUGGAUACAGAAGUUUAUGAAAGUCCAUAUGCAGAUCCAGAAGAAGUAAAAGCUAAAAAUGUCACCCUUGACCGAAACUUACUGAUUUUGGAAGAUAAAGAACUUGGUUCUGGUAAUUUUGGUACAGUAAAAAAAGGCACUUAUGAAAUGAAAAAAGGAAAGAAAACUGUGGCUGUGAAAAUUCUCAAAAAUGAAAGUAAUGAUCCAGCAAUAAAAGAUGAGCUCCUAAGAGAAGCAAACGUAAUGCAACAACUUGAUAACCCAUAUAUUGUCCGAAUGAUUGGCAUAUGUGAAGCUGAAUCUUGGAUGCUGGUAAUGGAAAUGGCUGAGCUUGGCCCCUUGAAUAAAUAUCUGCUAAAACAUGGAGAUGUCACAGAAAAGAACCUAAUAGAGCUGGUGCAUCAAGUUUCCAUGGGAAUGAAAUAUUUGGAAGAAAAUAAUUUUGUACAUAGAGAUUUAGCUGCAAGAAAUGUGCUUCUGGUUACACAACAUUAUGCCAAAAUCAGUGACUUUGGACUUUCAAAGGCGCUUGGGUCUAAUGAUUAUUACAAGGCAGAACAACAUGGCAAAUGGCCAGUUAAAUGGUAUGCUCCAGAAUGCAUGAACUUCUUUAAAUUUUCUAGCAAGAGUGAUGUUUGGAGUUUUGGUGUGUUAAUGUGGGAGACAUUUUCCUAUGGGCAGAAGCCAUAUAAGGGUAUGAAAGGAAUUGACGUUGCUCAGAUGAUUGAAAGAGGAGAACGAAUGGAAUGUCCAGUGGGUUGUUCAUCUGAUAUCUAUACAUUAAUGAAAUUGUGUUGGACAUAUAAUGUUGAUGAUCGGCCAUCAUUUUUUACUGUUGAAUUAAAGCUACGCAACUACUACUAUGACAUUGCUCAAUAAGUAUACUGUGGAAUUGCAACAAAGACGGUCCAAGAGGCUGAUACAAAGUUGACUUUUCAAAUAAGUUGCAGAAGUAUCAAAAUGUACUCCAGAAGAAACAUCCUGAAAAGACCUUGCUACUUUAAAAACUUGCUAGUAGCUACAAUAAUAUUUUAAAGUGAGCUUAUUAGUUAUGCUUGCUUAGUCUAUUUUAAAAAUGGGUUUUGUUAGGUUGCUUUCUGUCUUGCUUUUUUCAAAUGAGCCAUCUUUUAUGAUAUCAAAAGAACAUUUGUAUUUUCAUCAUUAUUGCUGUUAAAAGAAUUGGAUACUUUCACUUUUGAAAGCUCAAAGCAAAGACUGCUUUUAAACUAGAAAUGAGCCAAUAAGAAAUAAACAGAUCAUAGUUUUUAAAACAUAUGGCAUAAAAAACCUAUAUCCCUACUUCUCUCUUGGUAUUUAUUAUUUGGAAAAAUAUAAAUGUCUAUAAACAAAAUUGGUAAAUUGUUUCAUAUAGUAACGAUAGAAACCUAUUAUUAUUUUCAUCUUUAAAUUAAAUAAUAAAAGUAAAAAAUAAGAAGUAUAGAUGAACUAACAACACUUAACCUACACUGAUAGGCUGUAGGAGCCCCAUUUAUUUAGGUCUACUCUAUAUAAAAACCUUAAUUGUUUAGUUAGGUAUCAUUGAGUCAGGCUUAUUUCUUGGGGUACUGCUCAGUAUUUCAAUUUAUUUCCAACAAUAACCCAUAACUCUUCCUAAGACAAUCAUGCAAAUUUUUCUUUAAUCCUCUCCUACUACCUUAACCUUUAUCCACCCUUUCUUCUAUUUCUCCAUCUUGACAAACAACAUUUGUAUGUUUUAUUCUAUGAUCAACUCACAUUACAUGUUCAAAGUGUGUGAAUUUCACCUUACUGUAGUAAUUGUUGCCUCAACAGACAGUCAGCCUUUAUUCAGCUCAGGACUGAAUAAUCAUUUUUGCCUAGUAUUCUUACUGUCUUUAGAUCCAUCAUCUGAACUUGAUUCUCAUUCUUUCUCAGUAUCGAUAUACAGUGUAUUAUUAUUAGAAAUACCAUUGCUUCAACUAUUUUGAUCAUUGUUGUCAUCAGAUAGUCUCUUGUAAAAUAUCCUUCAACGAGUGUGUUUAUCCAAUUGCAUCUAACAAUAAUACAAACAUAUUCUAGCAACUCCUUUAUACUAUGUGUUUCCAUAAUGUCUUCAACUUGCUCCCAGCCUACUCCCAGGCUCAAGUUGUUCUCAUCCAUUAUCAAAGCAAUGCUUUCUCUUUUACAGGGAGAGGAACCCCCUAGUUAUCCAAAGUGUGUAAAAUCUUAGGUGCUUCAUUCUGCCAGCAACACAGCCAGGUGACUUCUACAGGGUAGGAUCAGCUUCAAGUUACACAUUUCCCUUCAGUACCUAGUGAUCUGUCACCAUUCUCUUUUCUUAGCCUUUGGCAGAAAGCACUGGACAUAGUUGCUCCAGUUCCAGCAAUUUCAUCAAGAAUUUAACAAAUUAUGUGGGUUCUCCAGAUCCAGGAAUGGGAUUGGUGAUGGGACAACACAUUUUAUGCCAAUGCCGAUUUCUGCUGACUCAAACAUAGAUAGUCACUUGAAUUAGGCAGUAGGGAAGGGCCAUCUUUGACACAGCAUUUAUCCCUAAGAUGAAUAUCUUCUUUACUCAUUAUUUUUAGUUUGUGAGCCCAAAAGCUGAAAUAAAUAACCAUCUACCAUCUUCAUGAUCAACUGUAACCUCAUGAUAUUUGCUUGUGAUCAUGAGGUGAUGUUAUUAUGAGGUGGCUAUAAAUCCUUCCAUGGCUGCUGACCAAGAUGCUUUGAUAACAAACAUCUGCAAGUAACCAAAUUUUUCUCAGCUCAGGCAUGGAGAAACUAUUACUCAACUGAUUCAUAUAACAAGAGUUUCUAAUACUGCAUCUACUCUCCAAUAGUAGUAGUAUUUGUGCUUUUUGUAUUUUCUGUAAUAUAUGGCUAUCAGAAAAAGAACUUGAAUGUUCAUGCCUUAGCAUCUGAAUUUAAGUUUCUUGAAAUGUUUCUACUAAACAGCCAUCUUGCCUUAUUGUCAGAACAAUAGCAAGUAUUCAGACAGUAGGGUAUAUCCAACUAUGCAUGCUUUUCCUGUUAGUUUAACAUCUGCCAGUGAAAUAUAUUCUUCUACCAGUGUUCUAUCCAAGGAUGCUGUAGAAGAUUGCAGUCACUUGUGGGUAUUACAAGAUGAAUAAAGGCAAAUUCUUUUGCAUGUGCUUACAGACUAAGUGUAAUUUUAGAUGCCCCUUAUUAUAUUUAUUUAGAGAGCCAGUUUAAUGUAAGAGAGCCAUGCUAGAAAACAGGAGACAAUGUGCAUGAAGCCAGAUGGCUUACCUUGGGCCAAUCACUCUCAACCUUAGGAAGGAUGGAAGAGCAAA